AUGGUCGUCGCCGGGGACGGGACCAUGGGCGCCCGCACGGCCCAGAAGCGGGUCAGGGCGGAGCUGCAGCGCGCCGGGGUCAAGCCCUCUGGCCCCGGCCGCGCCUGCAUCCAGGUCCCCGACGGCGGCCCGCUCAUAGCCGGGCACCUUCUGGCCCGCCCAGCGCGCCUCGGCGGCACCCCGAGGCGGCCGUCCCACGCCGCAGGAGGCCCCACCUCCCUGCCGCCCCUGCUGGCGGCGCUGACCGUGCGUCUGGCGCGCGUGGCGCGGCACAGCCUGGCCUGGGACCCGUGCUGCGGGUCGGGGUCCCUCCCGCAUGCCGCGCUGGGCACUGUGGGCUGCCGGUUGGCGCUGGGCUCCGACGCUGCCCGGGGCGCGCUGCCCGAGGCCGGGGCCGGGCCCGCCGGCAGCGACUGGGCGGUGCUGGACGCGGUCGGCGCCGCGCGUCGCGCGCAGCGCGGGCGCUGGCUGGACGCGCUCCUGGCAGACCCGCCCUACGGCGUGCGUGCCGUGCGGCACGGCGGCGACGGGCACCGGACGGUCGCUGCGCCGGGCGUCGAUGCCUUGCGUGCUGCAGCGGGGGUCGAUUGCCCACUGUGUCAGGUCGAUGAUCAAGACGCAUCCUGUUUGGCACCCAGCCCCAAAGUGCGGCGCGAUACGGGCACCUGCAAGGCCGUGGCCGCCGCCGCCGACACCGACGACCACCUCGGCCCCAUCCUGCGUGGCCUGCUGGACCUGGCGCGGCACGCCCUGCGGGAGGCGCCGCGCGCGCAGCGCUACGCGGAGGUGCGUGGGGCCGCCUCGGGCCUUGACGUCGACGUGUGGAGGGCCGCCUGGCUGGGGGACACCGCUGCCAUCGCCUCCUUCCUGGCCGCCGGCGGCGACGUGGACGCCCGGGACUUGCGCAGCCAGACCGCGCUCCAGUUUGCCGCGGGGUAUGGUCGCCUGCCCGCCGUCCGUCUCCUGCUCGAGGCCGGGGCCAGCCUGGAGGUGGCCGACGAACCAGGCGCGAAGCCGGCCCUGCACCGGGCCGCGGCCCGCGGGCACGUGGAGGUGGUGCGCGCGCUGCUGGCGGCGGGGGCCUCCCCCGCGCAGCGCUGCGGCGAGGGCCUGACGGCGCUCAUGCUGGCCGCCCAGUUCGGGCACUCGGCUGCGACGGCCGCGCUGGCCGCCGACGGCGGGCUGCUGGCCGAGGACCCCGGCGGCCGCACCGCGCUGGACCUGGCGGCGCAGUGGGGCAAGGAGGGGACGCUGCGCGCGCUGCUGGCGGCGGGGCCGGGGGCCUGCGUCCCUCACCUGGCGCGGGCCGUGCUGCUGGCCGCGCGCUGGGGCCACGUGGGCGCGCUGCGCACGCUGGCCGCUGCGGGGGCGGACCUGGGGCCGGGGCUGCGGGAGGCCGAGGCCUGGGCCAGGCCGGGGGCCGCCGAGGAGUGCCGGGCCUGGGAGUCGCUGGACUCUCCCAUCGACCGACGGGCCGACUACUACCGUCUCACUGCACUGGAGGGUCUGCGCAAGAGGUCCACAGGGACGGUCAGCCCCUUCCUGAACCUGCCAAACCUGCUCACCAUCAGCCGGGUGUUCAUGGUGCCCAUGUUUGUGGUCACAUGGUUCUGGACCAGCACCGCAGCACCCGCCACCACCGCAGCCCUCUUCACCAUUGCUGCGCUGACAGACUGGUUGGACGGGUACCUGGCUCGACGGCUGCAGCUCACCAGCGCUUUUGGCGCAUUCCUGGACCCAGUGGCGGACAAGAUCAUGGUAUCCACGGCGCUCAUCCUCCUGGCCAGCGACCCGCCCCCGCCCAUCUCGCUGCCCGCCAUGGUCGUGCCGGUGGUCAUCAUGACGGCACGCGAGCUCACCAUGUCGGCGCUGCGGGAGUGGGCGGCGGCGUGGAGCAACGAGGCGCACAAGGCAGUCAAGGUCAACUCCCUUGGUAAAUGGAAGACCGCGCUGCAAAUGGUCGCCAUGACGGCCCUGCUCGUCCUGCGACAUGCAGACCUGAUCCUAGGACCUGGCUAUGAAUCUGGGCUGCACGCACUGGUCCUAGGGGCUCUCGCGGUCCUGUGGCUGGCCGCAUUCCUGGCGGUCUGGAGCCUCGUGAACUGUGAGAUUACGCGGUGUCGGCGUGGCAUGACGGCUCGCGGGCAUUGA